AUACAAUCAUUUCUCAUUUUUAAGGAUAAUUUGUCCCAGAGUCUAGCCACAGUACAGCCUCAGUCAGAUGUUAUAACUUCAGUUGUGUGAAAAUGUGAUUGUUGAUUCACCCAUUUUUCUACUUGUCUUUUAUGAUGCUGUUCAAAGAUCCCUUUUUUCCAUCCGAGGCUAUUGUCUCCUUUUUGUACCUGCCCCUUCUAUAACAAUGCUGUGGGACUUAUCACAGUACACUUCCACUAACAACCUCAGAUUUUGCUAUCUCUGUACUCAGUGAACAUUAGGCGCUCAAGGCGUGUGUUGAAUCAGUGGUCAAUGAAUCAGUCUAAUAAAAAUAAAGGUCCAGGAGAUAUAAAUCACCACAUCAUUUCCCCCCGAACAAUCAUGUAUCUUGUAAUAUGUUUGGGCAGUUUUAUAUAUUGGGCUGCCAAGCAAGUAUUUCAGGGCUUCGAUAGGAAAAUCAUAAGUUGAAAAUAAGAAUUUUUAUUCGCUGAGCCGUGAAACCCCAUGUAGUGCAGAAAAGGACUUCGUAAUUGUUAACACAUUACACACAGCGGGAAAGAGACCUGAAGAUGCUGGGUCUGCCUUGCUCACCACAUUAUAAAAUAACCCAGCGCAGAGUGGCUCUUUUAUUCGCCAACAUAGGCCCAUAUCCGACAUGAUGACUACGCGUAACAUUAACAAAGACCUGCUGAGUGAAUGAACGCACUAGGCGAGCCCAGACGCUAGAGCCUGAGUGUGUAUUUUGGGAGUCACACUGGGGACCAUUUCUGAAAGCAUAUGACCCUGGUCACUUGACUUCCCCAGUAAAAGUGCUUUACUGCUCCAGGGCAAGCUGGAACCUGGCCCGGCUAUCUUUCGAGGGCUGAAAGCUAACGUUUAGUCAGGACACGAACUGAGGAAGUCAGAGCGGUCAAACAGUGCGAUGACAUCGAAGAUGACUUCCACGCGCUUACUGACACCAAACUACAGCGUGUCAGCACUACCCACUGCGGCCGUGGCACUGACAGAACCACCGCCCCCGCCGACGCAUGACUCCCGAGUCCCGGCGUCUUCCGCGCCGAACUACAGCUCCCGGCAUGCACUGCAGUGUCCGUUUCCCCCUCUCCCCGCCGGGAGGCGGGGCCCUGGGGACAGGUCGGUGCGCUGCCAGUCCCGCGGGUCCUCACAGUCCCUUCCGUUGUGGCUCUCUCUCCAACCCUGGACCGGGUAUUUCCGGGGCUCCAGGACUGCCGCUCGUCCGGCGUGCUGCCACCCUUUCAGGAAUCGCCCGGGAGGGCAUCCCACCCGACUUUCCGUCAGGCUUCCGCGGCCGGCGCUCCCUCAGUGACGGAAUGAAGGGGGUGGGCAUUCUGGCUCGGGAGGACCCCACCGCGGCCCCGGAAGCGCCUCGUCCCGGGCAGUGUUGGCGGCGGUCGCCGUGAUGUUUGCGGGGUUGGGCGGCUGACCGCCGGGAUAGGAGCGGCCCCAGUGCCCCAGAUCUCGGUGGCCGCUGCUGGAGCGCGGCCUGCGCCAUGGCCACCUCUGCCGCCUCCUCAGAGCAUUUCGAGAAACUUCACGAGAUCUUCCGCGGCCUCCAUGAAGACCUGCGAGGGGUGCCGGAGCGGCUCCUGGGGACAGCAGGGACAGAAGAGAAGAAGAAGCUGAUCAGAGAUUUUGAUGAAAAGCAACAGGAAGCAAAUGAAACGCUGGCAGAGAUGGAAGAGGAACUACGUUAUGCACCUCUAUCUUUCCGUAAUCCUAUGAUGUCUAAGCUUCGGACAUACCGGAAGGACCUUGCCAAACUCCAUCGGGAAGUGAGAAGCACACCUUUGACAGCCACACCUGGGGGCCGAGGAGACAUGAAAUAUGGCUCAUAUGCUGUAGAGAAUGAGCAUAUGAACCGGCUACAGUCUCAAAGGGCAUUGCUUCUGCAAGGCACGGACAGUCUGAACCGGGCUACCCAGAGUAUUGAGCGUUCUCAUCGGAUUGCCACAGAGACUGACCAGAUUGGCUCAGAAAUCAUAGAAGAGCUGGGGGAACAACGUGACCAGUUGGAGCGUACUAAGAGUAGGAGCAAGUCAGACCUUUUCCAAAAAACCGACAAGAUGGCAGAAACGCAGCAACAGCAGCAGCAAACCUUCCACAGGGUCACCUGCAGCACACGCCUAGACCAGCUGCUGGCCACGUCCUCUGAGUAGCUGACACAGCGGCGGUAGUGGCCGCAGCACCUGCAGAGCCAGCCAGGAGGCACCGCCCAGAGAAGCCAGAGAUGGUGAAUACACACACGCGGGGCAGCAACAUCCAGCCCGAGAUGGUGGGCAGCAUGGUGGGCCUCUGCAACAGCAAGACCUUCAUCCAGGUGGAUCACAGGCCCAAGAUGAUCAGCCACUACCUGAGCGAGUCCUCCUCCACGGAACAAACCCAUGAAUGUGGCUGGCCCACCAUCUGGGCCACCCACUCCUCCUCCCCCUCAAGUAGCCUGUUUGGUCAAUAAAAGCAUAGACUUCUCUUAAAAAAAAAAAAAAAACUUUUGAAAUAACUAGUGAUAUGUUCUGACAAUAUGCUAUAAUAUUUUCACUCUUAGAUUUCACAUAUUUCAAAGAACUAUGCCACCAGUCACUGUACAUUGACUUUCUUACCUAAGUACCAUUCUUGCCAUGUAACUACAUAUCAAUAAAUUGGUUGGUGCCAUUUUUGGGGUUAGGCCUAAGUAAUCCAGCUCUCUCAUGAACAGAUCUGAACUAUCAGAGAACAUAACGUUACCAUAGAUUGUAGCUUAAGGCCCUGCUUCUCAAACGAGUCCGGGUAUGUUGGAGGGUAAGGGAGGGAAGUGGUCACAGGAUAGUAAUACUGGCAGAGAUUUGUGUUAAAGAUCUGGAUUAAGAUCAGGGGUUCCCUGCUGGCUCAGUCGGUUAAGCAUCUGCCUUUGGCUCAGGUCAUGACCUCAGGGUCCUGGGAUGGAGCCCUGCUCAGCGGGGGGUCUGCUUCUCCCUCUCCUUCUACCCCUUCCACUUGUGCUCGAGCAUGUUCUCUCUCUGAAAUAAAAUCUUAAAAAAAAAAAAAAGAUUUGGAUUAAGAUCGGCAUGGACCCAUCUUAAAUUUAAACUGUACAGUUUUAAGCUUUACUUUUUUUUUUUUUUUUUUUAAGAUUUUUAACUUGAGAGAGAGAGAGAACGUGCACACACAGGGUGUGUUGAGAGGCAGAGAAUCCCAAGCACACUCUGCACUGAGUAUGAAGCUGGACGCAAGGCACAAUCCCACAACUAUGAGAUCCCGACCUGAGCUGAAACCAUGGGUCGGACAACUUAACCAGCUGCGCCACCCAGGUGCCCCUUGAGCUUUACCUUGAACCCUUUGUCAAUUCAAAGCUAAAUAAUGGAGAAUGUAAAAAUUUGAGGAGCAAUGACUUGUAACAUAAGGCCAACCAAGGGAUCAAGGGAUCACUACUAAAAAGGAUGCCAGGAGCAAAACAGAAAACUAUUUUAUUCCCCAAAUUAAGAUGUAGCUACAGCUGCAGAACUCUAUGUAUCUUUUGGUCACUGCAUUUUAUUUUAUUAAAGAUUUUUAUUUGUCAGAGAGCACACAAGCAGAGGGAACGGCAGGCAGGCAGAGGGAGAAGCAAGCUCCCCGCUAAAGGCAGACGCUUAACCAACUGAGCCACCCAGGCGUCCUGGUCAUUGCAUUUUAAAAUAUCCUAAAAAUGCUCAGAGAUCUGGAAAACUGAAAGAAAAAGUAUUGAAGGUAGGAGAAGAAUAUGAUAAUAGGCCAAAGCCAUUGGGAUCCAAGAGAAAAAAAUAAUGACCAAAUAAAACAUCUAUAAAAAUCCUUUAAAAAGAUAAAAACCCAUAAGGGAUAUGCACUUUACAAGAUCGCAGUACAGGGGCACCUGGGUGGUUCAGUCAGUUAAGUAUCUGCCUUCAGCUCAAGUCAUGAUCCCAGGGUCCUGGGAUCGAGCCCCACACAUCAGGCUCCCUGCUCAGCAGAGAGCCUGUCCUCCCUCUCCUGCUCCCGAUACUUGUGUUCUGUCAAAUAAUCUUUAAAAAAAAAAAAAAAAAAAAGAUCUCAAUACAGGAGGACAGUUUAGAUUUAAGAGAAAUGAAGCUUUAAAUUUUAAGUCAAUAUCGGGUCUUGCUAUUGGCAGCAGUCUUAGGCUGGACAGAUUUUGUCAGUUUCUACUUCCCUAUCCAUGUUUAUCUCUGUACCCCCUUAAGCCACAUCAAGCAUUUAGGUUUUUACUAGGUAUAAGACAUCAGGGCAUGCCUGGUGUUUUAUAAUAUUAGGUGUAUAAAUAGAGGUUUAUGACCUAAUUAGUGUUAAUAUUAAUUGUUGAAGACAACUUUAACUCAUUUAAUCUUCACAUGACAAUAAAUACAUAGGAAUCAACCCAGUGGAUAAGUGACAUAACUUGGAGGAACACAUAAGUCCAGUAAUGGAAUCUAGGAUGUAGACUCCAAUACGAUAAGUGUGACAGAAUACAGUACUCAGCUCACUAUUAUUUACUUAUCAGAAGAAAGCUGCAGAAAGCCUAUAAAAGAACCUAAAGAGAAUUUGGCAGCCUUAGAUAACGCUCUCCAAGGAAGAGAGCUAAACUUCACAAAAGGAUUUUGGUCAUUAAAUGUGUAACUCUGAAGUGGAUCACCAGAUUAAUUCACAGCCUAGACAGUGAGUUCUUCUAAGAUUGUCCAACUCCAUUUGCUCUCAUUCCUUACUCAUCAAACAGCCUCCCUCUGGUUAUUCACUUAGUCUCCCUGUUGCCCUCCUACCAGUAAGAGGGCUUCCUACCAGUGGAUGUCGGAAGGACUGUUGCUCACCAUAAUUAUGAAUGGGCAUUUUGGUAUAUACAUCACAGUUAGCAUAAGUCUCUGGGUUGUAAAGCCUGAUAAGCUCUGCACCUAAAGAUUUCUGUUCCUAACUAAUUCAAAGAGAUGUAUGCACUCCUAUGUUCAUUGCAGCAUUUUUUACAAUUACCAAGAUAGGGAAGCAGUGUGUGUGUGUAUUAAAAUGAUUUUAUUUAUAUAAAUUUUAUUUAUAUAAAUUA